UCGUAUGGCCAGGCAUACGCAUUUUUUCCUGAAAAAUGUGUCCAAAUCGUGAUCUUCUCUAUCCAAAAAGCACGGAUAGAUCAUAAAAUAGUAACAAGACACGGUAUCGCGAUGUUCUCACUGUUGCGUAGGUUAAAGAUCCUGUCAUUGGCGUCUGUCAACGGAACAACGCGUUCCACGUUAAUCAAAUCGGAUAUUGGAACGGUAUUUUCAACGAGCGUAAAUGUAACCGGUUUCUUGGACGAGAAAAAAAGAAAUUGGAGCACGGGGUAUCGUUGGCACAGCAGUAAAGGUUGGCUCAAUGAUAUUUCAAGAUACGAAUCGUCGAACGGAAAAUUGCUCGCGAUAAAUGGAGGUAUAAAAUUCUCUUUUCUUCGCGAGAUAUAAGCGACUCGUUAUUAGAGAGACAUUACAAUAGAACGAUCGUGCUAUCGACAUGGCAACGAUACAUGAUAUUUAAUUUCCUUUUAAAGAUUCUAAUAAAAGAGUCUCUGGGCGUGUUUCGUUUGAACUUUGUCAUUAUCGGUUUGCAACGUGUGAGAUGCCUGUUGGCAAAUGAUCUUGUCUAAAGCUGCGGUAUUCUGUGCAACAACUACUAUCCAUGUUCCAUUCAAAGAACUAAAUGUUCUGUACGACAAAAAGGACUUCGUAUAAUUUCUGUCAUGAAAAUGCAACACGUUCACCGUUUGAAUAAUUGUCUGCACAAGAAAUUAUCUCUUUCUCGAGGAAGUUACCAAAACUGUCUGUUUAAAAUUCAUACAUAGCAAGAUUGCAAAAAGUUCUACGGUUCUGACUGUGUUGCAGGAUCUCGUGUAAUUCAUUAGCAUAAAUAGCGAGGUUUCUAUUCUAACGUUACAGAAGUCGACAUUUUGCGUAUUGCAAUCGUUUUCGGAGACCGAAAAUAUUCACGGUUUUCGUAUGAAAGAGAAGUUUUAUAAUUCCGACGUUCUCCAGUCAAAGUUCGUUUCAGAAAGAAGCAGAUAUAUGAGCAGUGGUGAAUAUCGCUGUGAAAUGAAGACGUACAUUGAGAGAAGAGGUUUCUUGCUCGACAGUGGAUCGUCGAUCUUUUCGCAGUUCCCUUUGGCGCCAAUCUACCACUCUUGGAAGUUCUCCAAGGAAUUUUGUCCUUCGGCGGAAUACCAUAGUUCAUCCAUGCAGAAGUUGUCGAAUUCGAUGUUAAAGUUCCAUUCUUUCACGGAAAAUCCAUCUUACCAGAAGUCUGCGUGUAAAAAUUUAUGGAGAUCGAGAGGUCUAUCCGAAGCAAUAUUUUGUCCCAUGAGCUUUCGUAACUAUUCCUCCUCCAAAGAACCUCCUUGCGAUAAAACAUUGAAAUCGGAUGAUUGCGAUGGGACAACAAUCAAAGAUGUUUCUAAGCGUUGCUAUUCAAAGUUUGACGAAGACGCGGAAGAAUGUCCAAAAUCUUCGAGAAAAUGUCAACUACCAGUUGAGGAUGAUUGCGAAGAGCAUUCACCAUUCCCUUGUCCGGACGUAAAAGAUUACUGUCCUACAGUGGCCCAUGAAGAGAAACUUUUGCAACUGGUGACUGCCAUCGGUGCGAUCGUGUUAAUAGGUAUAUCGUGUUACGUUUACACCAAGGUGGAAGAAUCGGAUAAACAACCGAGGCCUGUGUUCAUUGAUGUUCCUUAUAUGAGGCGAAUAACUAAGCCUUUUCCAUGGGGCGACGGGGAACACACCUUGUUCCAUAAUCCCGCGAGAAAUCCAAUAUCUCCGCAUGGUUACGAGGUAGAAGAUCCAAACGCUGUGACGCCAAGCCAAACCGCAGGGUUAAGGAAACGAUAAACGAAGAAGGAUGAAAAUAAGAUUGUCUCAUUCUCGCGUUGAGAAUAUUUAAAUAUUCCGUAAUGCAUUAUAAGGAUUAAGAAAAUCCUUGAAAAUUACAUUACAAUUUUUCAAACGAGUCAUAUGUAAUUACAUUUUCUAUAUGUUUCCUUUUAAAAGUUACUCGGUAUGGUAUUCCUGACCGCACGCGGUAUUCAAGGGCCGGAUGCGCUUUAUCCGGUGAACCAAUGAAAAUAAUGCAGCGAUUAUUACUGCCUGACUGCAUUCGAUCCUCGUAGCUUUGUUUCCCAGUUUAAUAUCAUGUACCGCUGCCGGUCUAAAAAUUAGAGAUAUUAUAUUCCACAAUAAUUAAAACCUUCUGAAAAUUUUAUUUCAAUCAAUUGCAUCGAGUAUCGUAGGCUAUUCUCUAUAAACUUCUCAGAGCAAAGAAAAAAGGUCGGAAACUCGAUUGGACCACUUCAGUGUGCUAAGGACAUAACAACGCCACGUAUUUGCCCGUUUUCUAACACCGCUUCUCGUCUCUUUAAUGACGGUCUCAAGAAGAGUUGCAGAUAUUUGUACUGUAUAAAACAGCCGCAAAGACGCGUUUCUUUCCUAGCCACCGAGUGGAACACGUGGAUCUUCGGACGGAAGGUCAACGUUGGACGAACGAGUCUCUUUAAACACAUUCUUCCCCUCCUUCCAUUGCCCGGAGGAAUCUUUUACUUACGUCACAGUAUACAUGUGCAUAUCAUUCUAACAGAUUCGUUCAACAUGUUUUGACGUCACUCGGUGUGUAUCCUGAUCAUCUGUGACUGGAACACGGGUACUAUGUACCGUGCUCCAUUUAUAAUCUAACUUACAAAGAAUAACGUUAAACUGGCAGAAACUUUAAUGCUUCGUUUACUUACCUAGUAUAUUCUUGCCUAGUAUAUUCUUCAAAUAAACCGCAAAUUUUAAAGGAAAUAUCUUCAGAAGAAUUGAAAUAUAUUUCCCAAGGAAAGCUCCAGAUCUGUCACGUAAACUUUUAAAUGAAGGAAUAAAAGUGUCCUCUUUUAAUUUGUGAAUACGUGUGCCGACCAAGCAGAAGGUUAAAAUAGGUCGGAGGGGUCGUUACAGUUUCAUGGAAAAAACCGGAUGUCAGACUAUCAAGGACGCGUCAAGGUCAAUCUUGAUUCGAUCUCUUAGCAGAAUUUUACACAAAAGAUUAUGCAUAUUCAUAACGAAAUUCUUCGUUAUAUCUAGAUUCUUCGGAUGAACUUUCAAAAGGAAGUUAAAUAAUAUCGUCUUUAUCCUGCCUGGAUCGCCUGAUCCAUUGAAACGUUUUAGACGUUGCGAUGAACACCGAUCUGAACAGAUUUUUCCCCCCGGCAUUUAAAACUUGCAGAAGAAUUAAAUCGUGCUUGCCUAUUCAUAAAACGUCUCUUAAUGUAUAUCGCUCGCUGUACAAAAGAAAUGGUUUUUACCGUCCAUCGAGCGAACCGCCUCGCUUUUAUGCCAGCCCACAGAAAAAGCGCGUCACUAACCUUCUAUAAUCUCUAUUCUUUUGACAGGCGAAUUUUAUUCUUUCCUUUUCAUCUUUUGUAAACAGGCCGAAUUCGUCGGCAUAACGCCCGUUCACCCGAUAACAUUCGUUUUAUUCGGCUAGUUCUCGGCUAAUGUCAAAGGUCAGUUUCCUUCAUCAGUCACGCUCAGGAACGGUCAACGGACGGCGCAUCUCUAGUUAGUCUCCAUGAAUUUCAA